ACAUUGCCGAAAACACCCCCGCGAGCACACGCCCCGACGAGCAUGUUCAAGGUAAACGAUCAGUCGGAAGACAUCAGCGUCAUCGACAGCAUCCCUGAGACGCGUGACGACAGGCAGGACAAGCUGCGCAAGGCGUUUGCCGAAGGUCUUGGCACGAUGAUCCUCGUCCUCAUCGGGGACGGCGUCGUCGCACAAACCGUAAUUUCCCAGCAAAUGGAGCUACGCAACGCCAAGCUCACGGAUAACCCCAUGGACGUGACUGCAUUUGCAGGUGACUGGAUGUCGAUCUCGAUUGGGUUUGGGAUCGCGUUGAUGCUGGGCAUUUACGUGUCGGGAGGCGUCAGCGGUGGCCAUCUAAACCCGGCAGUUUCCAUCACCAUGGCCGUGUUCAAGAAGCUCGAAUGGUCGUAUGUCCCGUAUUACAUUGGUGGCCAAACUGCCGGCGCAUUCCUCGGCGCUGUCUUCGUCUAUCUCGGCUACCGCCCUGCGUUUGUGGACCUCAACAUUUGGGACCAGACAACCGCCGGCAUCUUCGCCACGUACCCCAAGCCCCACAUGACGCUCUUGGAAGGGUUCAUCGACGAGAUCGUUGGUUCGUUCCUCCUCCUCCUCGGCAUCUUUGCCAUCACGGACAAACGCAACAACCCCGCCGACGUCGGCAGCCGCCCCGCCAUCAUCGGUAUGCUCCUUGCCGGUAUCGCCAUGUCGUUUGGCUACAACACCGGCUUCGCCCUCAACCCUGCCCGUGACUUUGGCCCGCGCUUCUUCACCUUGAUCGCUGGAUGGGGCGGCAACGUGUUUGUGUACGGCAACGGGUACUUCUGGGUCCCGAUGUUCGCCCCUGUCUUUGGGGGACUCGCCGGCGCUUUCGUUUACACAUAUUGCAUUGAGCGCUUCCACCCGCAGUACGUCCCGGGCGCCCGACCGAGCUCGUCCACCAUCGACGAAGACGCGGCGUAAGCGUAGCGCUCUCUCUUCUCUCACAUAAAAUACGUUAAUCAGCUUAGCCAAUACAUUGCAAAUCUUCUAUCCGUGAUUAUGUGGGUCGUACUGAACGGAGGCUCUAGGCGCCAUCUUCUAGCCGCCGUCCUGGCCAGCGGGCCUCGCGGACCGCAAAGACAGAGCGCACUUCUGUGGAAGCAACUUCUUCGCGGCGGAUUGACGACCCGUUGUACUGGAAACACAACGGAUGACGCGAUACCGCACCUCGCCCGGCACGUCCGAGGUGGCGGCGCUCCGACACUUCACUCAGGCCCUCCGCCUUCCCCCCUUGGCGUCAUGCUGAGCAAGAGCACAACGCCUUCAUGUCUACCUUCUUUGCAGCCACGCGCCGCGUGAUCCGGCGAAAUGUUUCGUCGUUGCCCACCUCGUCAUGGACCCGCGAUCUUGGUCGAA